GUCGGAAGAACGUACGGCGUCAAGUUUUCUAGUAAAUUCCACAUGAAAUCGAUUUCCGCCGGUGUACGGUUGUGUGACGAGUCGCAGUCGACCAUACGAUUAUUUCGAAUCAACCGGCACGCGUGUCGAAACUGUUGGAAGAUUGCUCUAGAUUGCUUAAUUCGAACGAGAUUCUCCACUGCGUAUAUCUGAACGCAUCCCUUAUUUUCGCAAAUCAGAAUGGUCGAGGUAGAUUUGACUUCCGCACAGGACGGCGGCGUGUUAAAGGAAAUUAUCAAGGAAGGAGAAGGAGAUUCGCUUCCUACGAAUGGUUGCAGAGUAAAGGUCCACUACAUCGGUAGUCUACAGGAUGGCACGAAGUUUGAUUCCAGCAGAGACAGGGAUAAGCCGUUCACUUUUACUCUCGGGAAUAACAGUGUCAUCAAAGGAUGGGACGUCGGCGUCGCUACCAUGAAGAAGGGUGAGAUCGCUAUGCUGACCUGUGGUCCUGAUUAUGCCUAUGGCAAGAAUGGUAGUCUACCGUUGAUUCCAGCUGAUGCUACGUUGAAGUUUGAACUUGAAGUGCUUGAUUGGACCGGAGAAGAGCUAGCUCCGAAUAAAGAUAAAGGUAUUGAGAGAUUCCAAAUUGUUGUCGGCGAAAACUAUGCUCAUCCAGACGAAGGUAGUACUGUAAAAAUACACUUGACUGGAAAGUACAAUGAUCAAGUGUUUGAAGAUAGAGAUAUAGAAUUUGUUCUUGGAGAAGGAGAAGUUGUAGGAAUUAUAGACGGUGUAGAAAUAGCACUGCAGCACUUCUUGAAGAAUGAGAAAUCUAGACUGCUAAUUAAAAGCAAAUAUGCAUUUAAGGAACAAGGAAAUCCGAAAUUUAAUAUUCCACCGAAUGCAGACGUAGAAUAUGAAGUGGAAUUACAAAACUUCGAGAAGGAGAAAGUUUUAUGGACACUGAAAUCACCGGAAAAAAUAGAACAAGCAAAGAUGCAGAAAGAAAAAGGAACGAAUUACUUGAAAUCUGAUAAAUUCAAUUUAGCCAUUAAAGUGUACCAGAAAAUUUUCAAGUACUUAGAUGAUGCAUCAAGUUUCGAGGAUAAUCUCAAAAAGGAGAGAGAUAGUCUCGUAAAAGCGGCUCACUUAAACCUUGCUCUAUGUUACCUGAAAACUAAUGAAAAUGUUUUGGCUAGAGAUGAGUGUACUAAAGUUUUACAACUGGAUCCGCAGAAUGAAAAGGCUCUGUUCAGAAGAGGACAAGCAAAUCUUGGGCUCACAUGGCCUGAAAAGGCUCUUAAUGAUUUCAGGAAGGUUCUAAAAGUACAGCCGAAAAAUACGGCUGCAUCUAAACAAAUUUUAAUCUGUAAUUCUCUUAUUAAACAGCAAUUAACUAAAGAGAAGAAACUUUAUGCGAACAUGUUCGACAAGUUUGCACAGGAAGAUAAACAGAAGGAGGAGCAAAAACUGAAGGAACAGCCGGACGUGAUGCAUGGAACUCUAGGAGAAUGGGGACAGGAAGAAAGACCCGGAGGUAGAGACGCGACUGCCUUCGAGAAGGAAAACCCUAACAUACUUAUGCUCAACGCUAACGGUUCUGGUGAAUUCAAAAAUAUGUAAACAAUAAACUUCUCUUUCGUUACACUGCCCCGCGUAACUGCCGACAAAUUGAAGUCUCAUCAAUCUUUAUUUUCAGUGCCUUCUAAGUACUGCUAUCUUUAACAAAAAUUGCAUGCGUUAUAAGCUAUAUAUUAAAACAUCAAAUGUUUCAUUUUAGCAUGUAGAAUUCGCUAUAUGAAAGUUUUGUACUUAAUGUACAUGA